AGCAAACUAUUCACCUUCAUUGUCUCCUAUUUAAAGCGUAUUUCUCUUCUACUUUUCAACAUGCACACACUUCAAAAACAAACACAAAAACAGAGCAAAGAAAAAAAGAGAGACCAAAUUUUUUUCUAAGGAUGGAACUAGAAUCUUCUCCUCCUCUACCUCCUCAUGUGAUGCUCGUAUCAUUCCCGGGACAAGGCCACGUUAAUCCACUUCUUCGUCUAGGAAAGCUCUUAGCUUCAAAGGGUUUACUCAUAACCUUUGUCACCACAGAGUCAUGGGGCAAAAAGAUGCGAAACACCAAUAAAAUCCAAGACUGUGUCCUCAAACCGGUCGGUAAAGGCUACCUCCGGUUCGAUUUCUUCGAUGACGGGCUUCCCGAAGAUGACGAAGCGAGCAGAACCGACUUGACCAUCCUCCGACCACACCUCGAGCUGGUCGGCAAAAGAGAGAUCAAAAACCUCGUGAAACGUUACGAGGAAGUGACAAAACAGCCUGUGACGUGUCUCAUCAACAACCCUUUCGUCUCUUGGGUUUGUGACGUGGCUGAAGAUCUUCAAAUCCCUUGUGCAGUUCUCUGGGUUCAAUCUUGCGCCUGCUUAGCUGCUUAUUACUAUUACCACCACAAACUAGUUCAUUUCCCGACCGAAACAGAUCCCGAGAUCGAUGUCCAAAUCCCUGGCAUGCCUCUCUUGAAACACGACGAGAUCCCUUCUUUCAUCCACCCUUCAACUCCUCACUCCGCUUUGGGAGAAGUAAUCAUAGAUCAGAUCAAACGUCUUCACAAGACUUUCUCUGUUUUCAUCGACACUUUCAACUCCUUGGAGCAAGACAUCAUCGAACACAUGUCAAGUCUCUAUCACCCCGGCGUUAUAAGACCGCUCGGACCGCUUUACAAAAUCGCUAAAACCUUAACUAGCGAUGACACCAAAGGAAACAUCCCUCAGCCAGCGGAUGAAUGCAUGGAGUGGUUAGACUCGCAGCCUGUUUCCUCCGUUGUUUACAUCUCUUUCGGUACCGUUGCUUACGUGAAACAAGAACAGAUAGACGAGAUCGCUUACGGUGUGUUAAACGCGGACGUUACGUUCUUAUGGGUUAUUAGGCAACAAGAAUUAGGUUUCAACAAAGCGCGACAUGUUUUGCCCGAAGAAGUCAAAGGGAGAGGGAAGAUCGUUGAAUGGUGUUCACAAGAAAAAGUUUUGUCUCAUCCUUCGGUGGCUUGUUUCGUGACUCACUGUGGAUGGAACUCGACGAUGGAAGCUGUGUCUGCCGGAGCCCCGACGGUUUGUUUACCUCAGUGGGGAGAUCAAGUCACUGACGCGGUCUACAUGAUAGACGUUUUCAAGACGGGAGUGAGACUCGGCCGUGGAGAGGCGGAGGAUAGGGUAGUACCGAGGGAGGAAGUGGCGGAGAGGCUGAGAGAGGUUACGAAAGGAGAGAAAGCAACGGAGCUGAAAAAGAAUGCUUUAAAGUGGAAGGAAGAGGCGGAAGCGGCGGUUGCUCGCGGUGGCUCAUCUGAUAGGAAUCUUGAGGUGUUUGUGGAGAAGUUGGCUGCCAAACCUGUGGCUAAAGUACAAAACGGAAGUCAUAAUCAUGUCCUGGCUGGAUCAAUCAAAAUCUUUUAAAAAGUCAUUGAAGUCUUUUGGUCUUUUUGUUCCUGCAAAUCCUUAAUUGUGUACUGUGUUGUAUGCAUUUUCUUUACUUCGACAUUUUGUUUCGUGUUUUUUUUGGGUAUGUAUGGGCGUAUGGGUCUAGGGAAAAGUCAUUAAUACUUCUUGGAAGAAUGUCAGACUGAUCACGCAUUAAAUUAUAUUAUGAAUAGUUAUUAUUUAUAGUAUGUUGCUA